AUGCAGCACUGCCUCAACCUGACUAUUGCCCGACACAGCAGGCUCCUCUUGAAUAAUAAACUGCCAUCUGUUCACCAAUCAGCAGCCAUGUCGAGUCUUCUUAUUAGCCAGCCCAAAUAUGCUUGGCUGAAGGAGUUGGGUCUUUCAGAGGACAAUCCCGGGGUUUACAAUGGCAGCUGGGGAGGCAGUGGAGAGGUUAUCACCUCUUACUGCCCCGCCAACAACGAGCCAAUUGCCAGAGUAACCCAGGCCACGAUGAAAGAGUAUGAAGAAACUGUAUGCAAGACAAAGGAAGCCUGGAAGAUGUGGGCUGAUAUUCCGGCUCCGAAAAGAGGGGAGAUUGUCAGGCAGAUUGGAGAUGGCCUGAGAAAGAAAAUCAAAGUUCUUGGGAGCUUGGUGUCACUAGAAAUGGGAAAAAUUUAUGUUGAAGGUGUGGGAGAAGUUCAGGAAUAUGUUGAUGUCUGUGAUUAUGCUGUUGGUCUUUCGAGAAUGAUUGGUGGGCCCGUCCUCCCUUCAGAAAGGCCAGGCCACGCCCUGAUCGAACAGUGGAACCCAGUUGGUCUUGUUGGCAUCAUCACCGCCUUCAACUUCCCUGUGGCAGUCUAUGGCUGGAACAAUGCCCUCGCUCUCACCUGUGGCAAUGUCUGCCUGUGGAAAGGAGCACCAACUACACCUCUAACAAGUGUGGCUGUUACAAAGAUUGUAGCUGAGGUGCUGGAGCAGAACAACCUGCCAGGUGCCAUCUGCUCCAUGACCUGUGGAGGGGCUGAUAUUGGCACAGCCAUGGCCAAAGAUGAACGAGUAGAUCUGUUGUCUUUCACCGGUAGCACCCACGUUGGCAAGAUGGUAGGCACAAUGGUCCAGGAAAGGUUUGGUCGGAAGCUGCUGGAGCUUGGCGGGAACAAUGCCAUCAUUGUGUUUGAGGAUGCCGAUCUUAGUCUGGUUGUGCCCUCCGCAGUGUUUGCAUCUGUUGGAACUGCAGGCCAACGCUGCACCACCACGAGAAGGCUAAUGCUGCAUGAGAGUGUCCAUGACACAGUGAUUGAGAGGAUCACCAAGGCCUAUAAGCAAGUCCGCAUUGGAGAUCCCUGGGAUCCCAGCACCUUGUAUGGGCCUCUGCACACCAAACAAGCUGUGGAACAGUAUUUGUCUGCAAUUGAAAAAGCCAAGCAGCAAGGUGGUACUGUCGUCUGUGGAGGAAAAGUGAUGGAUCGUCCUGGAAAUUAUGUUGAGCCCACCAUCAUCACUGGGCUGGCUCACGACGCUUCAGUUGUCCACACUGAAACCUUUGUCCCCAUCCUCUAUGUCCUCAAAUUCAAAACUGAGGAAGAGGCAUUUGCCUGGAACAACGAGGUGAAGCAGGGCCUAUCCAGCAGCAUCUUUACCAAAGAUCUGGGACGGAUUUUUCGCUGGCUCGGGCCUAAAGGAUCUGACUGUGGCAUCGUGAAUGUCAACAUACCAACGAGUGGUGCUGAAAUCGGAGGGGCAUUUGGCGGAGAGAAACACACAGGAGGAGGCAGAGAGUCUGGAAGUGACUCCUGGAAGCAGUACAUGAGGCGCUCAACCUGCACCAUCAACUACAGCAAGGAUCUUCCUCUUGCACAGGGAAUCAAGUUUGAGUGA